UGCAAAUCGAGAGAGAGAGAGAGAGAGAGAGAGAGAGAGAGAGAGAGAGAGAGAGAGAGGAACAAAAGUUCAGUUGCAUUGUUAAGCCUCUCGUCCUCGUAAAAUCCGAUUGCGAUCGGAUUAUCAUCACCGUCUUUGUAUUCUCUUCUUGGAAAUCUGUUUGUUGAUCUUUCGGAUUUUGAAUUUCUUUCUUGUAACUUUUCUCUUGGGAUGUUCUCGAUUUUCCCGGAUUCGUCUGGUUAGGGAGAAAAUGAGAAAGAUUUGUGUGUCGCGAAGAUAAUUCUAGGGUUUCGGGAGUUCCAGAGAGGUUGGACAGAAACUUGCGAUCGCUUGUUGGAAAAUUUUCUUGGAAUUCACGAAAUUUCUUAGGGUCCUAUCGGAAAUCGUUGGCCUAAGAUAGGUGGAUUUUACGAAUUCGUUUCCCUCUUGCGUUUCUUUGCUUCUUCUCUGGAAUUUCCCUCCAAUGGCGUUUGUGUCUGAGAACGAGAGCGACACUAAGAUGGAGGGUUGGUUAUAUAUAAUUCGCUCAAACCGAUUCGGAUUGCAAUUUUCGAGAAAACGCUACUUUGUUCUCCAAGAUCAUCUCCUGAAUAGUUUCAAAUCUGCUUCCGAAUCAAAAACUAAGGGUUCUGGAAGAAGUGCAGUUAUUGAUUCAUGUAUCCGGGUCACGGACAACGGGAGGGAAAGUGUUCAUAGAAAAGUAUUCUUUAUAUUUACGCUAUACAAUACUUCUAAUCACAAUGAUCAGCUCAAGCUGGGAGCAAGCAGUCCUGAGGAAGCUGCAAGAUGGAUCCAUUCAAUUAAAGAGGCAGCUUUAAAGGGUGAACCUUUUCCGGGAGACCUUUUUAGUUGUUCCAGGAGCAGAUGGGAUUCUUUGAGAUUGAGUAGCUCAGUUCGGGACCAUCACUCAAUCUCUAUUGACUGGACGGUGCGCUCAUCUGCACGAGUUGACCCUGUUACAACUGAUGUUAUUGCGCCUUCCCCUUGGACAAUAUUCGGUUGUCAAAAUGGUCUUCGACUUUUUAAAGAAGCAAAAGAGAGAGACUCUCAUGUAAGGUGGGAUGAUCAUCCAGCUGUCAUGGCUGUUGGAGUUGUUGAUGGGACAUCUGAAGCCAUUUUCCAAACUCUAAUGUCUCUUGGAACAUCAAGAUCAGAAUGGGACUUCUGCUUUUACAAGGGCUGUGUGGUCGAGCAUCUUGAUGGCCAUAGCGACAUAAUUCACAAACAGUUAUAUAGCGACUGGUUACCUUGGGGGAUGAAACGAAGAGACCUUUUGCUGCGGCGUUACUGGAGAAGGGAAGAUGAUGGAACAUAUGUUAUACUCUACCACUCUGUGUUUCACAAGAAGUGUCCACCUCAGAAAGGCUAUAUCCGUGCGUGCCUUAAAAGUGGUGGUUAUGUGAUAUCUCCUGUUAGCAAUGGAAAGCAUUCAGUUGUGAAGCAUAUGCUUGCUGUUGAUUGGAAGUCCUGGAGAUCUUAUCUCAAACCGGCUUUAGCAAGAUCAAUAACCGUACGAAUGCUCGGAAGAAUUUCUGCCCUGAGAGAGCUAUUCAGGGCAAAACACGGAGGCUUUCCUUCUUCAGAUAUGCCAUCAGGAGAGUUUUCAAGAAGUGUAAGGUUGAACUCAAGCCUAGAAGAUCGUGCAAUUGCUAAUUCUUCUCGGAGAGAGUGUGGAAGAUUUAAGGAGACUGCAAAUGAAGAGACGGAUAAGCUUCCCUCGGAGCACUCUAGCCUUGUCGGCUUGAAUGAUGCAGCCGAUGAGUUUUUUGAUGUUCCCGAGCCAUCGGACAAUGAUUGUCCCAAUGACAGCUGGACCUCAGAUUUCGAUUUGGAUACAUACUGUCAGGAAUCUCAUCAGCCAAAACUAACGGGCGCUGCGGGUUUAGUGAAAAAGUUGCAUGAUCUUGCAGUUCAGAAGAGGGGAUAUGUGGACCUGCAUGAAAUGACAAGGGAAGAGAGUAGUACACCUUGCUGCUAUGGCACCACUCUUCCGAAUGACCCUACCUGCAAUGUGCCUUGUAGUUGGACAGAGACCGAUCCUUCAACUUUUCUAAUCCGAGGAAAGACUUAUCUUGAAGACCGGAAGAAGGUCAAGGCGAAGGGCACACUGAUGAAAAUGAUUGCAGCAGAUUGGUUAAAGUCUGACAAGCGGGAGGAUGAUCUCGGGAGCCGUCCAGGAGGCAUAGUUCAGAAAUAUGCGGAAAAAGGUGGACCCGAGUUCUUCUUUAUAGUGAAUAUACAGGUUCCUGGAUCAACAACGUACAGUCUCGUGCUUUAUUAUGUGAUGAGCACUCCCAUCGAAGAGCAUCCAUUGCUAUAUAGCUUUGUAAAUGGGGAUGAUGCUUAUAGAAACUCUAGGUUCAAGCUCAUUCCUUACAUAUCCAAGGGCUCUUGGAUAGUUAAACAGAGCGUUGGAAAGAAAGCGUGCCUCAUUGGUCAAGCCCUCGAUAUGAAUUACUUCCGGGGCAAGAACUAUAUCGAGUUGGGUGUGGAUAUUGGAUCCUCAACUGUUGCAAGAGGAGUUGUGAGCCUUGUUCUUGGUUACCUCAAUAACCUUGUGAUCGAAAUGGCAUUCUUGGUACAGGCGAAUACCGAAGAGGAGCUCCCGGAGUAUCUUCUCGGGACUUGUCGGUUAAACCAUCUUGAUGCAUCCAAAUCAGUAUCUGUCAAUCCAUAGUUUGGAUUGGACCUCUCCCUAUCAAAGCUCCGGUUAAGAAUUCUUUCAAUCUAUUGAGUGCCUAAACCGACUUGGCCAGGUGGUAUGGCCAAAGUUUCUUCCACUUAGCACCCCAAAAUCCAAGUAACACAGGAACCCAAACCAUUUUAUGACAUCUCUAUGAUAUGGCCAAAGUUUCUUGUACAGAUUACUUUCCAAACCGGUCGGUUUGCUUUGGUACAGUGUGCAUUGAUUGAUUCCUUGAACCCCUUAGCUGCUUGCGGCUUGGUUUUGAGUUCUAUCAUCGGUUUAUUGCCGAAUUUUGUUAAA